UGAGACACAAACUUACGGUUAUUGACCCGCCGCAGCACCGACACAACAUGGCGGAUUCUCAGAGUCAGUAUGAGCGUCUCACAGCAGAGCAGAUGGAUGAACAGAGGAUCCAGAAUGUAGCCUAUCAGUACUUGUGCAGGCUGGAAGAGGCAAAGAGGUGGAUGGAGGCAUGUCUGGGGGAGGAGCUUCCUGCCCCCACUGAGCUGGAGGAGGCGCUGAGGAACGGCGUCAUCCUCGCCAAAGUGGGUCAUCGUUUCGCUCCCAACGCCGUCCCUCAGAAGAAGAUCUAUGACCCCGAGCAGCUCCGAUACCAGGCUGUGGGCCUUCAGUUCCGUCACACUGACAAUAUCAACCACUGGAGGAGCGCCAUGAUGACUCUGGGACUGCCAGCGAUCUUCUAUCCUGAAACUACAGAUGUGUACGACAAGAAGAACAUGCCAAGAGCUGUCUACUGCAUCCAUGCACUCAGCCUGUACCUGUACAGAUUGGGUUUGGCUCCACAGAUUCACGACCUCUAUGGAAAAGUCAAGUUCACAGAGGAGGAGAUCAACAACAUGAAGCUGGAGCUCGAUAAAUACGGCAUCCAGAUGCCCGCCUUCGGCAAGAUCGGAGGAAUCCUGGCCAAUGAGCUGUCAGUGGAUGAAGCUGCAGUCCAUGCGGCAGUGGUAGCCAUUAACAAGGCGGUGGACCAGGGCGAUGUAGGAGUGGUGGCGGCAGCUCUGAGAAACCCUGCUGCCCUGCUCACCAACUUGCAGGAGGUGCUGAUGUGCAUCUACCAGGAAAUGUUGCGACAAGCGAAGAGGACGAAGGCUGAGCGGGCGGCGGGCAGGCAAGGGGCUUCGGAGGACAAAGACAUGUAUGAGGAGUAUCUGACUCAGAAGGAGAUCCAGGAGAACAUCAACACUGUCAACAUUCGAUCAGCGGUGGAGCAGGUGGAUGAAGCUCUGGAUGCUGCAGAUGAACUCUCUCUGCUUUCGGCUCUGCAGCUACCAUGUUUGGCCCUCAGGGGCCUCCAUACUGACAACGGCCCCUGGUACCUGGACCAGCUGUCAGCCGAUCGCCAGCAGAAAGCUAUGGAUCAGGGUUCUGUUGAUCCUCUGGAGGCCUUCGAGCUGCAGGACGGCGUCACCAUCGCCAACCAGGAUGCUCAGAGAGCCCGAAACAUGCAUGCAGCAGUGCAGAGUGUUAAUGCGUCGCUGCGCGGCAAUGACCCCAGACACACAGUCAGCUGCCUGAUGACCUCUGAGCUCCAACUGCCUGAAGUGUUUCCAUCUGCUGCGAAGCUCUACCACAGAGAGCUGCAGCUGCUACAGAGACAGACUGCACAGGGGGAGCUGCAGCAGGAGGAACUGUUUGUUGCCGUGGAGAUGCUGUCAGCUGUUGCUCUCAUCAAUCAGGCCCUGGAGAUGGGACACCUGCAGAAGUUCAGCUCCUCAUUGAUCACUCCAUCUGCAGGACUCUCUGAUGUAGACCACGACCUGCUGGACAGGUACUUUGAGUGUCUGGUUGGUGUGAAGCAGCAGGUGGGCCGAGAUCUGCUCAACUGGAAUCAGCUGCAGGAAGGAAUCAACACUGUCAACAUCUCAGCGCAGGACGAACACCAGCAGCUUUUGGCUGUUGGUGUGAUCAACCAAGCUGUGAUGAGAGGAGACGUCCAGCAGCUGCUGUCUGCUCUGCUGCUGCACACCUGUGGUGUGGACGAGGUUACACCUGCCAACGCCUGCAGAUACCUGACCCUGCUGACCAGAGCCAGGCAGCACAAAGCACAGGUUAGCAAAGACCCGGGAGCUGAGCUGUGGUUGGCUGAUAUCCAGGAAGCUGUGAGGAGAGCCAAUCAGCAGAGUCAGAAAGCUCUGAAGUUGUGUCUGUCGGUGGCAGCUGUGAACCAGGCAGUGAAGGAGAACAAAAAGAAACAAACUCUGCGAGUUCUGUCUCUACCUGAAGUGGAGCUGCAAGGAGUUUUACCUGACUGUGCUACAGAGUAUCAGAGAGAGCUGAACGCCCUGAUGACACACAGGAUGCACACAGGAGACAACAGGAGUCCAUGGGUUCGAGUUCGUCUGCAGGAUGGAUCCUGGUAUUACUUUAACCUGAACAGGUUGGAGGGAAGCUGGGACAGACCCAAUGGAUUCAUACACAACAGUGUCUUCAUCGACCACCAGGAGAUACAGGAAGUGGUCCGCAGCAUCUCGGCAUCCUACAGUCGCAGUGUCCUGUGGCAGAGCAGUGAAGCCCUCAUCAUUCGCCUUCAGGCUCUGAGUCGAGGGUUCCUGAUCAGACGGCAGCAGGAGGCUCGACAGCGUUACCUGGUCAGCCAGACACCUGCCGUCGUCGUCAUUCAGGCUCAGUGGAGGAGGUAUGUCCAACAGAGAGCAUACCGGCGGCGGCUGCAGUUCCUUUACAUGAAUUGGAGAGCUGUCGUCAAGAUCCAGUCGAUGGUGAGGAUGUGGCUGGUGAAGAGAAAAUAUCGAGCUCGACUGAGUUUCUUCAGACGUAACGUGGGUGCUGUCAUUAAGAUCCAGGCCUUCUUCAGAGCCAACAGAGCUCGAGAGGAAUACAGGAUGCUGGUGCACUCGGCCACACCCCCGCUGUCCGUGGUCAAGAAGUUCGUUCACCUGCUUGACUUGGGUGAUGGUGACAUCAGAGAGGAGGCAGAGCUUCUACGACUAAGGGAGGAGGUGGUGAGGAGCAUUCGCUUCAACCGACAGCUGGAGGCCGACUUGGACCUGAUGGACCUGAAGAUCGGCCUGCUGGUCCGCAACAGAGCCACUCUGCAGGAAGUGGUGUCUCACUGUAAGAAACUGACCAAGAAGAACAAGGAGCAGCUGUCAGACAUGAUGGACGUGGAGAGAAGUAAAGGACUGAAGGCACUGAACCGUGACAGGAGGGAGAGACUGGAGGCCUACCAGCACCUGUUCUACCUGCUGCAGACGCAGCCGCUAUACCUGGCUCAGGUGAUCUUCCUGAUGCCUCAGAGUCGCUCCAACUCCUUCAUGGAGAUGUUGGUGUUCAGUCUGUUUAACUACGGCUCUGGCCGCAGGGAGGCCUACCUGCUUCUGCAGCUGUUCACGGAGGCACUCCGAUAUGAGAUCCGACUGAAGGUGGAGCAGCCUCAGGAUGUGGUCACUGGGAAUCCCACUGUCAUUAAGAUGUUGGUGAACUUUUACCGCCACGCUCGCGGUCAGAACGCCCUGCGGGAGGCGCUGGGUCCAGCUCUGCAGGACGUCCUGCUGGACCGGACCCUCAGCAUCAGGACCGACCCGGUGGACGUCUACAAGACCUGGAUCAACCAGACCGAGACCCAGACUGGAACCAAGAGCUCUCUGCCCUACGAGGUUUCUCCUGAAGAUGCUCUGUCUCACCCUGAAGUUCAGAGACGCAUUGACAUCGCUAUCAUCAACCUGAAAAACCUGACGGACAGAGUCCUCAAAGCCAUAACCUCCAACCUCCACAAACUACCUUACGGUCUCCGUUACACAGCGAAGGUGCUCAGAGACACCCUGAAGGCGAAGUUUCCUGAUGCCAGUGAGGAUGAUCUCUACAAGAUCGUCGGUAACCUGGUCUACUACCGAUAUAUGAACCCAGCCGUGGUGGCACCAGACGGCUUCGACGUGGUGGAUCGCUCUGCAGGCUCAGUGCUGCAGCCAGAGCAGCGCCACCUUCUGGGCUCCAUUGCUCGCAUGCUGCAGCACGCCGCCGCCAACAAACUGUUCCACGGAGACGGAUACCAUGUCAGAACCCUGAACCAGUACAUCAGCCAGACGCACAGCAAGUUCAGGAGGUUCCUACAGUCAGUCUGUGAUGUUCCUGAACCAGAGGACAGAUUCAAUGUGGACGAGUUCUCUGAGUUAUUGAUUGUCAACAGACCUGUUGUUUACAUCUCUGUCAGCGAGCUGCUCAACACUCACAAGCUGCUGCUGGAGCAUCAGGGGGUUUUGUGUCCGGACCCAUCUGACCCUCUCAGACUGAUCUUGAAAGACCUGGGGCCAGUCCCCACCCUGCAGGACCUCAGUGGAGAGUCCACAACAGUUGCUGAUCCAGGAUCAGAGUCUCAGAGCUGUAAGACCGAAGUCUCUUUGACGCUCACCAACAAGUUCGACAUCUUCAGCGACGACAAUGACAAACCAGAUGCCAGAGGACUGCUGCUCAGCACGAAGCAACUGAUCAUUGACGUCAUCAGGACUCAGUCAGGUGACUCUCUGAGUAACAUCCUGAGAACGACGCCCUCACCUGACCAAGAAGUGUGCCAUGAUUGGCUGGUGCAACGGCGGGCGCGGCAGGACGCUCGAACACCUGAGAAGAUGAAGAGAAACCAGUCGCUGGUCGCCAAUGGCAACCUGAGUCUGGAGGAGAAGAAGAGAAAGAUUCUGCGGAGUCUUCGUCGUCUGGAGGGACUUGGCGUCCUGAGAGCGCCGCAGAGUGAGAACCAGAUCCUGCAGAUGAUCGCCAAGGACAUUCGUCAGCAGCGUCUGCACCGCCAGCGCCGGGGGGCGGAGCUUCUGAAGCUCCGUCAGACGCUCAGCAGCCUGCAGGUUAAGAGCAGCUUCCACAGCGAACAGGUGGACUACUACAGACAUUACAUCACAUCCUGUCUUGACAACCUGACCGCCAACAGUAAAUCAACCAAUAAGAAGACAACAGACAACAAAGGAAAGAAGAAGCUUCCAGCUCUGAGCUACAGCGGCGCCCGGCUGCAGGAGAAGGGAGUUCUGCUGGAGAUUGAAGAGCUGCCGGCUACACAGUUUAAGAACGUUGUCUUCGACAUCGUUCCUGCAGCUGAAAAAGGAACCUUCAAUAUCAAAGCUCGAUUCCUCGGAGUUGAGAUGGAAGAGUUCAAACUCAAAUACCAGGAUCUGCUGCAGCUGCAGUAUGAGGGCGUGGCAGUGAUGAAGAUGUUUGAUAAGGCGAAAGUCAAUGUUAAUCUGCUCAUAUUCCUCCUCAACAAGAAGUUCUUUAACAAAUGAACAAAGUGACGUUCUAACCUUUCACUUGUACGUCUUCUUCUACAUCUCACUAUGUUAUCUAUUUUUAUACAUCAGUAUACUACAGAGUUAAACAUGGACUCACACUCCUAUCUCUGUUUGUAACCAGAGAGUGGAAUAAGCUUCAUUAUGAAUGUUUAUGUCACAUAAAAUGACAAACAGCUUUAUUUUAUAUUAACUAGAAAACAGUGAAACUACAUUACCAGGAGACAAUAUGAACUUUAUACACACCAUUUUGUAUCGUAGUAUAUCUUGUUUUACGUAAUCAAGCGUUCCUACACUCCUAUCCAUAAAACUCACCUGUGAAUUACUUUAUAUCUCACUAGAAUUUAACCAUCUGCUAAACAUGCUUAUCUUUAUUUGGAUACCGAACUCAAUUUCCGUAUAACAGAGUGAGGUUUCUUUUACAAUCCAGUCUUUGGCACUCCUGUUUUUACGUAUGAUUAAAUUUAAACAGAGUGGUAUAUCUUUAGCAUAUACACCUAUCUUUGUUUUUUAUUUAUCUCACUACAUAAUCUAUGUUUAUAUCAGACCAGGUAAGGCAUGUCUCUCUCUUGUUGCUGCAUUAACCUGAAAGGUCAGAGUUACUUCAAUUUUUAUAUCUCAGUAGAAUUUAAACAGAGUGGGACAUCUUUUUGGCUCAGCAAUCUCUUUUUUGUUGUCUCACUAAUUUUGGUGCUUCCAGGACUCUGUAGCAAUCUGUGUGGGAGACUUUAGUUGGUAAUGACAGAUUUCAUUGGUUACUGAAGUCUGUAGUUCCUAGUUACUGCUCAAACAGAAAAUCUGAUUAUGCUGACAGCAGCUGCAGAGUGUGAUCCCUGACUAGUCAAUAACAGCCGACUGAUCAAGAACAGUUGACUGAUCAAUAACUGUAAAUAUUUCCUGUCACUUUCUGUCCUCUUCUGUUUUUUCUCUGUUUUCUGUGUUGACAUCAGAAGGGAAAGUUUUUAAGAAAUAAAUCGUCUUUACUGAAUAAAUUCGUUUUCAGUUA